GAAGGUCUGAUGUGGCCUCGGUCUUCUCAGCACAGGUUGGUCACAAUGUCUCUGAGAUGCUGUCAGAAGAUGUUACUGAGACUCUGUGGUGGCUCUCUGUCCACUGUGAAGAGCUGCAUGUGUUUGAGACGCUACACUAGAGCAGCUCAGAGUCACAGGAGGGUGGUGAUCACCGGCAUCGGACUCGUCUCUCCCCUCGGGACAGGAAGUGCUCUGCCCUGGCAGCGUCUGAUUGGUGGAGAAAGCGGUUUGGUUGCUCUGGACCCAGAGGAGUAUAAGACGGUGCCGUGUAAGGUGGCGGCCCGUGUGCCGAGAGGAGAUAAACAUGGAGAUUUCAAUGAAGAGGCGUUUGUGUCCAGAGGAGAGAUCAACAGCAUGUCUCCAGCCACGGUGAUGGCCGUGAGUGCCGCUCAAUUGGCUCUUGAGGAUUGCGGGUGGUUUCCCAGAAGCCCUGAGGAGCAGCUGAUCACCGGUGUGGCGGUCGGGAUGGGUAUGGUGUCUCUGGAGGAGAUCGCUCGGACGGCCUCGGCCUUUCAGACACGCGGCUACAGCAAAGUCAGCCCGUUUUUUGUCCCCCGUAUCCUGGUCAACAUGGCCGCAGGACACAUAAGCAUCAAACACAAACUCAAGGGUCCCAGUCACGCCGUGUCCACCGCAUGCACCACGGGAGCUCACGCUGUCGGCGACGCCGCUCGUUUCAUCGCUCACGGUGACGCCGAGGUGAUGCUUGCCGGCGGGACGGAGGCCUGCGUCAGUCCGCUGUCCAUCGCCGGGUUCGCUCGCGCUCGGGCCCUCAGCACCAACUGGAACCAGGAGCCCAGACUCGCCUCGCGCCCGUUUCAUCCAGACAGAGAGGGGUUUGUGAUGGGAGAAGGGGCGGCCGUGCUGGUUUUAGAGGAGUACGGACAUGCAAGAGGUGCGCGGGUGUACGCUGAGGUGCUGGGAUAUGGGCUCUCUGGAGACGCCAGCCACAUCACGGCUCCAACCGCAGAUGGAGACGGAGCCUUUCGAAUUUUGCUUUUGUUUUUAAUGUGCUUGUGUUAUUAUUUCAUUUAUGCUGGAGUGUCUCCUUCAGACGUGACGUAUGUCAAUGCUCACGCCACCUCCACGCCGCUCGGAGACGCUGCAGAGAACGCCGCCAUUAAGAGGCUGUUUGAGCAGCAUGCGUACUCACUGGCCGUGUCCUCCACUAAAGGUGCGAGCGGUCAUCUGCUGGGAGCCGCCGGAGCGCUGGAGGCCGCCUUCACUGCCCUCGCCUGUCACCACGGCAUCCUGCCACCAACACUCAACCUGGACCGCACCGAGCCAGAGUUUGACCUGAACUAUGUGCCCUGCACAGCGCAGACCUGGAGCUCCAGCGGACGCAGAGUCGCUCUCACCAACUCUUUCGGCUUCGGGGGAACAAACGCCUCUCUGUGUCUCGCGAGCUUGUGAUCACUGUAAUGCAGCAUGCGCUGCUGGUUCAUCUGGUCAGAGGAGAACUGGCCCCCGACUGAGCCUGGAUUCUCCCAAGGUUUUUCUCCAUUCUGUCACCGAUGGAGUUUUGGUUCCUUGCCGCUGUCGCCUCUGGCUUGAUUAGUUGGGGACA